AUGCUCAGAUCAACAUACACCCCUCCUCCCCCUUUGCCUUCGGGGUGGACACAGCAUCGAGCGCCCACAGGUCAUUUAUACUAUUAUAAUUCUUCAACAAAACAGUCGACAUACACUCGCCCUCAAGAAACAGCUCCUCAGCCCAUUCAGGCCGCUGCCGACACCCCAGCAGCAACGUACAACCCCGAGACGUUACCUGCGUUUUCUUCAACACCCUAUGGACCGGCAGGCUUUGGCCCUGGGCCAGCGCAAUUUGGCCCGCCACAAAACUCUCGCGGCCGCGGAGGAUUUCGCGGUGGGAGAGGUUAUCAUGAUCGUGGACGAAGAGAACCCGAAGAUCGCCCAAAAGCGAAGCAUCAUAUUCCUGACUGCGCCCCGUGGCUACUAGUAAAGACCAAGCUUGGCAGGAGAUUCGUGCACAAUCCAGAAACAAACGAAAGUUUUUGGAAAUUUCCCGAGCAAGUUUUGAAGGGCGUGGUGGAAUUUGACCGUCUCGAGCGUGAAAAGAAGGAAAGAAAAGAACGAGGUGAACUCGAAGUGCCAGCCAAAAAGGUAUCCCCUGCGCCAGAGGAUGGCCGUCUGGAGCCCCAGGCGACACUACAGGAAGAGGAACAUCCAGACUACGACGACGAAUACGAAGAGGUCGAGGUUACAGACAGCGAGGGAGAAGAGGGUCAACCAUCAAAGCGUGCACGAGCCGAAAGUGAGGGUGCUAAGGAUCAACCGCUGGAAUUCAACGAAGAAGAUAUGGCAUAUCAACUAGCGGCCAUGGGCGAAGACUAUGGACUGGAUCCCGGGGAAUAUGGUGUGGGGGAAGAAGACUGGGAAGAGGGUGCAGAGGGCCUGCCGCUGACGGAGGCCGACGCUGAGGCACUCUUCCGCGACUUACUGGAUGACUUCCAAAUAAACCCAUUCACGACCUGGGAAAACGUCAUUGAAGAAGGCCGCAUCAUUGAAGAUACCCGGUAUACCGCGCCCUCGAACAUGAAGACACGACGAGAGAUCUUUUCCAAUUGGAGCCGGGACCGGAUCCAAUAUGUGAAAGAGCAGAAAGCAAAGCAGGAGAAGACCGACCCGCGCAUCAGGUAUCUAGCAUUUUUGCAAGAACAUGCCACCCCGAAGCUCUACUGGCCGGAAUUCAAGCGCAAGUAUAGGAAAGAGCCGGAAAUGAAGGACUCCCAGCUUGGAGACAAAGAUCGCGAGAAGUUCUACCGGGACCAUAUCUCGCGUCUCAAGCAACCCGAAAGCACUCGCAAGUCAGACCUGUCUGCCCUGCUCAAAUCUGUUCCUCUAGACCUGUUGCAUCGAUCGUCGAAUUUGGAAGCUUUGCCCAAUAUGAUCAUCACCGAUGUUCGAUAUAUCGGACUCGCGCCCGAGGUUCGAAAUCCGUUGAUAGAGGCAUACAUAUCUACUCUGCCUCCGGCGCCAGAGGUACAGAUGACCGCGGAAGAGCUAGAAGAAGCCGACCGAAAACGUGUUGAACGAGAGAAACGCGAGAGGGCCCUUGCAGACCGAGAGAAGCGGGUGGAAGAAGAGAAGCGGAGACAGCGAGGAGAUCUUCUGCGUGGCAAGCAUCUCCUCCGAGAAGGCGAGGCAGAGAUUGAACAGGCAAUGCGUGUGAACAAGGACGGACUACUGAGCCACAUGGAUGUUGAUCAGGCAUCAAAUGAGGAACAGAAGUUGAGUCAAUAA